GUACCUACAAUGACAUCAAGCACAAUGGUACUGCCACCCUUAUCAAAUAUACCAGUUAAUGUACCACAAACGCAGCCUUACCGAAAUCAGUAUGUCACAUUACCACCAGUACUUAAAGCACGGCAACCCCAAUCAAUGAUGGGCCAAUUUGAUAGUGGAAUGAUGCCCAUACAAAAGCAGCCCAAGUUGUAAAACUAGGAAUAGCACAUUUAUACAGAAGAAAGAAGAAGAAGCAACCUGACGCAACAGAACCCAUGAUUAUCAGUACCCUCAGAACGAACAAACUACUAGAUGAACAAGCAUACAAAAAUCAACUCAUUAAUAACAUACAUAUCACAGAUGAAGAUAGUGAUUAUGACACCGACUAUGAUAGUGCAGACGAAGAAAAUAGCAGUAAUAAUAGCGAUUUCUACGACUCUGACGAAGAUAGUGACAGUCAUGUUGAUUAUCCUUUUAAUGCAGACGAAAUGAGAUACGCACAGCCAUGUCGAGUAUUAAUUGUGAUAAACAACCAACCUGUUGAAGCAAUUCUGGAUUCAGGUGCUGCUGUUUCAGUACUUAGUGCCAAACUAGCAAAUAGAUUGGGAAUUACUCCAGACACAAGUGACUCUAUACCGCUCAGUGGAUUUGCUAGUCAUAGCAGAGCCGUCAAUUGUAAAGUAGCAACAGAUGUUGAAGUCAGAAUUGGUGGCAAGUUACGUCGGGAGCAUUUUUGCAUUGAUGAAUCUGAAAAAGAGAAGAACACUUGCUUACUAGGAAGACCAUGGAUCCGUCAACCAAAGGUGGAUGUUGUGAUGUAAGAGAGAAGAUAAAAACAAAGAAGUCGAUUAGAACUUGUAUAGGUUUAUUAUCCAAAAAUAAAUAUGUAUCUAUCUCUAGCUCUUCAUUCUCUAGGUAUUUAUAUAUGAAGAGAUGUCGGAACUACUUUAAGUUAAUUAAAUAAUGUAAAUUAUGGA